ACAAUUACACCAAUAAUAAAACGACACGUGUACACUACGUAGACGUUAGAUAACCACAGCAAAAGGAUAUGUAUUCUCGAGGCGGGAGAGAGAAAGAGAAGAGAGUGAGAGAGAUCGAAGAACAUUUACACACAUCAAUGGCGUCUCUGCAACUCUGCGACGGUUAUCUUCUCUUCAAGCCCUCUGUUUCUCCUCGAUUCCUCUCUCAACGCAUUUCUCAUCGCCUAAUCCCUAAAGCCUCAUCUUCUCCUCCUCCAUCUCCAUCACCAUCAUCGUCCUCUUCAUCCUUAUCUUUCAGUCGGCGGGAGCUUCUGUACCAAUCGGCAGCUGUAUCACUCUCGCUUUCUUCCAUUGUUGGACCAGCGAGAGCUGAUGAACAGUUAUCCGAAUGGGAAAGAGUGUUUCUCCCAAUCGAUCCCGGUGUUGUUCUUCUCGACAUUGCUUUCGUCCCCGACGAACCUAGCCGAGGGUUUUUACUUGGAACGAGACAGACUUUGUUAGAGACUAAAGAUGGUGGAAGCACUUGGAAUCCACGUUCGAUUCCUUCAGCUGAAGAAGAAGAUUUCAAUUAUAGAUUCAAUUCGAUUAGCUUUAAAGGCAAAGAAGGAUGGAUUAUUGGCAAACCUGCGAUUUUAUUGUACACUGCUGAUGCUGGAGAGAAUUGGGAUAGGAUUCCUCUAAGUUCUCAGCUUCCUGGAGAUAUGGUGUUUAUAAAAGCGACAGAAGAUAAGAGUGCAGAGAUGGUUACUGAUGAAGGUGCUAUUUAUGUUACUUCAAACAGGGGAUAUAACUGGAAAGCUGCUAUUCAGGAAACUGUUUCAGCUACCUUGAACAGAACAGUAUCCAGUGGAAUCAGUGGUGCUAGUUACUACACGGGAACUUUCAGUGCUGUUAAUCGUUCACCUGAUGGAAGAUAUGUCGCUGUUUCGAGCCGUGGUAACUUCUUUCUGACAUGGGAGCCUGGGCAGCCUUACUGGCAACCACACAAUAGAGCUGUUGCUAGAAGAAUUCAGAACAUGGGAUGGAGAGCUGAUGGUGGUCUUUGGCUUCUUGUUCGUGGUGGAGGACUUUAUCUUAGCAAAGGUACUGGGAUUACAGAGGAGUUUGAAGAAGUUCCAGUACAAAGCCGUGGCUUUGGCAUUCUAGAUGUUGGAUAUCGCUCAGAGGAAGAAGCAUGGGCAGCAGGAGGCAGUGGCAUACUACUGAGAACAAGAAAUGGAGGCAAAUCAUGGAACCGUGACAAAGCUGCUGAUAAUAUCGCAGCUAACCUAUACGCAGUCAAAUUUGUGGAUGACAAGAAAGGAUUUGUGCUUGGCAACGAUGGAGUCUUGCUCCGAUAUGUUGGCUGAAGAAUUUAAAAAUAAAAAAGAGGUUAAAUUGAAAUGGUUAUGUUUCAAUCCUUCUCUGUAAAGCCUUUAACUGCGUUUUAAUACUACAUUACACUAUUGUAUACAUUCCCUUCACAAAAUAUAUAUAAUUUUGUGUUUCUUCUGAAAAGCUUUGUUUCUCACUGUUAGUUGGAGUUGGAUUUGAUCUCAUCUAUGUAUGUUUAUAACCUAUUUUCAGCCAAGAAAUUUCAUUGUGUAGGCAACCAAGAAAGAUGACAAGAAAUCUUCGCCAGAGAUUUUAUUACUCACUUUAUUGUCAAUUCAUAAGAGAAACAUAUAUUGAUAAAUCCGUUUGUGGAUUAGACCGCUUUUUAUUUACUAUUUAAAAAUUGUCAAUUACUACAUAUAAAUAAAUUUGGUAUGCGGUGGGUUGUUGUCCGUGGAACGGUGACUGAACCGAACAAU